AAUCUCACAACACUAUAUUAUACGGUCCGUACAAUAGCUGUUAUUGAUGCGGUAUGUUAUCGUCUUCAAAAUAUAUUAUAAAUAAAUACCAAUUUCUCCAUUCGUGAUCGAAUAUAACGUCAUACCUACACACGUCACGCACCCGCUUGCAGAGGAGCUAAAGCUUGGGGGUCAAAAUGAAAAUGUCGACUGCGUCUAAUAUGUGUACGUUGUCCUGCGCAUUAAUCGUAUGCACUUUAGUGUCAACUGCCAGAACCACCAAUACGAAUACUUAUGAUCCAAAUAGACCAAAUAGAAAAUUCGAUUGGCGGGAGACGACGACAGAAGAGACAUUUGAAGAUUGGACACGGCCGCUAACUACAACUCUCAUUGCGAACGGGAGAUACAGUUCGACAACGACUCCGGGUACGCCAUCAGGUACAAAUUUGACCGACACAAUGUUUGGUGACGAAGCCAACGUAAGUCUCUCGGAGGACGUCAUCGGAAAUUCGCAAACACCGGAAAACAAUAAUAAGUACAGUUCCACAGAACCGAUUCAGACGAACGACCACACUCAGACAACACUAAAGGAACCACCUACGAGGGUACAACUACAAAGUACAACUUUCACUGCAAUUCAGAAAGACGGAUCAACAACGACUCCGGGCACGCCAUACGUUACGGAUCUGAACGUCAAACUCCCGCAGGAUGUUAUCGAAAAUUCGACAAACCAGCCAAAACCGAAAAACGGUUACAAUUUAUCACACAAGAAGUACAUGUCCACAAAGCCGAUACCGACAAAUGACGACACGCGGUCAAAACCUAAGAAAAGUAAAACGAAGUGGUCCAUCCCUUUUAUUUGGUUCACAACGAAACGACCUACGAGGUAUUAUAGGACUACGGAAUGGAAUAAACCAACCAAGAAUUGCAAGUGUGUCUUUAGCAAACAACAUUCAAGACAAAUAUGUAGCUGCAAGAAAAAAGAAAACGAAACCACGACGACCAAAGUUUGGGGGCGAUUAGCAGAAUACAAACAAUGGGAUCAACAACGACACAUGAGUGAAACAACGACGAACAAUGUUCAGGGACAAUUAGAAAAAUCCAAAAAAUGGGAACUACAACAGAAAGUAUUGGAAAUGGAAUCUAAAAGACUCAACAUCCUUUUGGAUAUACUCAACAGUCAUUAAUAUAAGCUGGUCUUGCUGGGCUGAGAAGGCGUUGCAAACCAUAUUACCAUAUCUACAGUGAAUAUAAGUCUUACCCAUUUGUCAUAGUAAUGUAUUACAGUAGGCACAGUUACACAAGACUAUAAUUUGUAGUUUUCUUUUAAAUAAAGACAAAAAUAUCCUAAUA